AUGUGCAAGGAUCGAGAUGCGUUCGAAGAGUACGAAGAAGUGCAUCACGCGCGAAGCAUUUCAAGCGCAAAGAGCGACGUGAAGCUGAAUGUCAUUGGACAUAGGACAGUGAAGCUGCGCGUCUGGACAAGGCAUGCGUGGAUCGACGCUCGCCUUGAGAACACACUUCACGGUCAAGAUUUGUCCAAGAACCUGUUUUCGCUCACGGCUGCGGCAGCGCGCGGCAUGACAGUGGAGAUAACGCGCAACGAGUGCGUGGUGAAGCGUGGCGGCACACCCGUCGCAACAGGAAGGAAGCAGGGGUUCCUCCUGUAUCUCAAUGCUGACUAUGGUACGGAGUGCCACAUGGCCGAAGACGAUACAGAGCUAUGGCAUAGAAGACUGGGUCACGUGUCGUAUGGUACGCUGAAUGCCAUGGUCAAGGACGGAAGGAUCAAGGGCGCAACGAUGAAGACGAACGUUGCGUGUGACGUAUGCGCAACGUCAAAGCAAGUGCGCAAGUCAUUCAAGACAAGUGAAGAAGACGCUGAAACCAGGGAGAGUUCGCGUUCCGACGUGGCGGUGUGCUCCGACGUUCUCGGACCUAUCACGCCAGCGUCCAAGUCUGGUUUCAGUUACGCCGUAACCUUCAUCAUGAUGAAGAGCAGGUAUGUAACGGUCUAUCCGUUGCGAAAGAAGAUCGACGUUGCGAGUGCGUUCAAGCAGUUUUACCAAGAUAUCAAGACAGCAUCUGGAACGAAGAUAAAGGUGUUGCGAAGUGACAACGGCGGCGAAUACCGGAACGAAACGAUGAACAGCUUUUGCAAGGCAAAGUUCAUUAAGCAAGAGUUCACGGUUCCGUACAACCCAGAGCAGAACGGGAUGGCGGAGCGGAUGAACCGCACGCUGGUGGAGAUGACGCGCUGUAUGCUCAAGGAAAGCGGCCUCGACAAGUCCUCUUGGUGCGAGGCACUAAUGACAGCGGCAGACAUCAGAAACAUUCUGCCGAACGCGUCGAACAAGAACUCAAGCCCACACGAGAUGGUGUUCAAGAAGGUUCCGCGCAUCGAUCACAUGCGCGUGUUUGGUGCGCAAUGCUAUGCGCAUGUGGCGAAGGAGAAGAGGAAGAAGCUGGACGACUCAGGCGUGCGAUGUUUCUUUCUCGGCUAUGCGAAGGACCAAAAGGCGUAUCGGCUACUUAACGCGGACGAUGGCUCGAUCGUGAGUUCAAGAAGCGUCACGUUCGCUGAGAAUUCUGUCUCGAAAAAAUCGAAAAGCAGAGACACGCGGGUCUUCGAUGUCAUUGAAGAAGAGGAAAGUGUGGAGACGUCGCUACCCGAUGAUGAAGACAUACCAGCGCCGGUGACCGAAGAAGAGCUGCGCACCCCAACACUUCGAGCGCAGAACAGCUCUCAUCACGGACCAAGUGAUCGACCAAGCGACACCAUUCCUACGCGCGCAUCCAGCACACCCGGAAGAAAUGGAGAAGAAGAGCGGAUGGUACGACCGGUUCGGAAGAAGCGCGGCGUGGUUCGCUACGAACAAGAAUUUCCAAGCCAUCGUCGCGGUCACUUCCAUUUGGACGACUACGAAGGUGACUUCGACUCUUUCUACUGUUUCCCUCGGCUGAAGAAGAUGGGGAACAAGCGUCCAGCUAUCAAGAAGCAAUGA